AGUUGGCAACGUGAUUCUUUCUCUUUAAUUUCUAUUUGAAACCAUGUGUGUUGUUUGUAUUCAUCGUGGUAUUUAAUUUGUUUUCCUUAAUGAAAAGUUUUAAUUUAUAAAGUUAUUGGAAAGUAAUUAUGAAUUUUGAAGUUUCGGAGGAUGAAAACCUGGUAAUUGGACAUUACGCGAAAACAUUAAAUCCGGAUGAAAUUGAAAAAUUAAAUAAGGACGUCACAAUUUCUAAAUUUCAUCAAAAUAAGUUGGAAAAUGAAGCCAAAAAGAAUUGGGAUUUAUUUUAUAAAAGAAACGAGGGACGAUUCUUUAAGGAUAGACAUUGGACUAAAAAUGAAUUCGAAGAAUUUACAAAAGAAUUCGAUUUUUCCAAGAUAUCUCCUACACCAACAAUGCUGGAAAUAGGAUGUGGAGUAGGAAAUUUCAUUUUUCCAUUAAUUGAAGAAAAAGUUCCUUAUUUUAUUUAUGCAUGUGAUUUUUCAUCAAGGGCGAUAGAAUUAGUAAAGAAGCAUCCUCUUUAUGAAGAUGAUGUGUGUCAUGCUUUUGUCUGUGAUAUAACUGAAGAUAAUUUAAAAGAUACUAUAACUGAAAACUCUGUAGAUAUAGUUUCAAUGAUUUUUGUAUUAUCAGCAAUUCAUCCAGAUAAGAUGCCUAAUGCAUUGAAAAAUAUAUAUCAGAUUUUAAAGCCUGGAGGAAUUGUGAUUUUCAGAGAUUACGGAUUAUAUGAUGCAGCUAUGUUCAGAUUUAAUCCUGCUCGCAAACUAGCGAAAUAUUUUUAUGUUCGACAAGAUGGUACACGAGCAUAUUAUUUUUCAGAAGAAUAUCUAGCAAAAUUGUUUGAAGCUGCAAAUUUUGAAGUAAUAUAUAACAAAUACGUAAAAAAGGAGACUGUAAAUAAAAAAGAAAAUAUUUCGUUGUCACGAAUUUUCAUACAAGGCAAAUUUCGCAAAAUAUGAAAAAAGAAUUUGAAUUGCUUUACAUUGGAAAGAUGAAUGUAAUGAAUAUCAAAAUUUAAUCAAAGAAGAGAAGAUCAAAUGAAUAUCAUUUACAAGAAGUUGUUUUAAGGUGUAUGUUUAUUUAAUUUUUUUGAAAUGUAAAAAUAAUUUUAUGGGUGCUGAACUUGUUACUGGUAAUACAUUUCAUAUAAUUGUAUUCCUUUAUAUUUGUACAAUAGUGAAUUUAUUUAUUA